GGAAAAGCGGCUAAGAACAUGAAUGAAUGGAUGGAUGAAAGCAACACUUUUCCGUGUAGUUACAUCUGUAAACCUGUAGUAGCAGUAGAGUGCAAGUCCUAGCCUAUCCAACGAAGAAAAAAACCGGCGCUGAUUUUUGAACUUUGUCAAAGAAUGUGCAAACUUUCUCAGGUGUGGCUCCGCGGCACCAGAGUGAGAAUUAACUCCAUUUUUGUAUGAAGGUUGGACGUUGACUCCGUCGUUUUAUGUCACUCACAUUUUUAGGGGGGAUAUUUUGCAGAGCGAAUCCUCAACUGACCACCGUAGCUUCUUUAGCUAACGUUGCAAGCCGUAUAAGGACACAAUGGAGAUGACAGUGGUGAACUUGUACAACCAGUUCCAGAGUUUCCGGGCUCAAUUGGACUGUCUGCAUGAAAGCGUCGAACCACAGUUUCUUCAGAUGGCCAUAAACUUUGAGGAGUGCCGAAAGAAGUGGCUUCUGUCAGGUGAGGAGCUGCUAUCCUGCAAAGAGAUGCUGGCUAAAGCUGAGAGCGAGAGGGGUGCUUUGGAGGUCAGAUUGAAGCAUGCACGCAACCAAGUGGAUGUAGAGAUCCGCCGCAGGCAGAAGGCUGAAGCUGUCUAUGAGAAGCUGGAUCGUCAGCUACAGCUCAUCCGCGACAUGCUGAAAGCAGAGAGCAGUAGCAGCAUACACCUAAGUGAGGAGCAGCGCUCAGCCCUUGCCUUUCUCAGUGCUCACUCCCAGGCUGCACAAGCUGCUAAAUCCAAUCUUAACUCCAGCAGAAGGUUGAUGACCAUUGAUGAAUCCACCUCCAUAAUUUCGGAUAUCAGCUUUGAUCAAACUGACGACUCCCUAGGCUGGGAUUCUUCUGCCACGAAGACUGUGAGAUUACAGAAACGUCCAAAACGACGUUCCUCUCGCAAACUUGAGGUUCCCCCACAAGCGAUUAAGAAACCUCGCUCCACAGGAUGUCCAUCAGAUCGAAUUAAUGACUCCAUAGUAGCCAAAACCACUAUCACUCUACCAGUACCUGGGGGUACUGUUGAGGCCGUCUCAACUAUCGAGACAAUCCCAUAUGGGACACGCAGCAGAAAAAAGUCUGCUGCCAAAGCCUGGGGAGAAUCACCAUCUUCUGAGCUGUCUGAAAUCAAUAGUGAAGCACCCAACACGAAGGUCUCAGAUUUUUCCCCUCAAUUCCAAACCCCCAAAGCCGAUGGAGGCAGAAGAAAGCAGCAUCUGUUUGUCGCCAAAACAGUGAUCAAAUCAGAAUUCUGCACACCAUGUGGAAGAAGAACAAAGUUUGGCAAAAUGUACCUUCGCUGUCAAGACUGCAAAAUGGUGACCCACCCCGAGUGCAAGGACUGCUGUCCCAUGCCCUGCAAUCCUGUGGCUAUCAGCACUCCUGUUAGGACUGCAGAGAGUACCCUGGCUGACUUUGCUCCGGUUACGUCUCCCAGGAUCCCAGCUUUAGUCAUCUACUGCAUCAAAGAAAUUGAAAGAAGAGGCCUCCAUGAGGUUGGGCUGUACAGAAUAUCUGGGCAGGAGCGUCAGGUGAAAGUUCUGAAGGAGAAGCUGAUUCGAGGAAAGACUCUUCCACCACUAAACAAAAUAGACGACAUCAACAUCAUCACCAGUGUUCUUAAAGACUUCCUCAGAAACCUUCCUGAGCCAAUUCUCACCUUUGGGCUCAACAAAGGUUUCAUGGAGGCAGCUGAAAUCCAGGAUGAUGGGAACAGUCUUGCUUUGUUGUACCACGCAAUCAGCGAGCUGCCUCAACCCAACCGAGACACUCUGGCUUGCCUCAUGAUCCAUCUGCAGAAAGUGUCUAAGAGUGUGGAUACAAAGAUGGACGUGACAAACUUGGCUAAGGUGUUUGGACCAACUCUUGUGGGCCACUCUGUUCCAAACCCAGACACAAUGACUAUCCUGAGUGACACAAGCAGACAACCACGGGUAAUUGAGCGCCUGUUUAGUAUGCCCACAAGCUACUGGAGUCAGUAUGCGUAUCCGGAUAAUAUCGACAUGGCAGAUUCUAACUUAACUGGCACUCCAAAUCGUGAUGUCAGCAUAUUGGGACCACUGACCACUCCUGAACACCAGAUGAUGACAAAGACGCCCUCCUCCAGCUCACUGUCAAAGCGUAUGAUGCAGACCCUCUCUAGCACCACCAUAUUUGGAGGAAAGAGCAAAGCACCUGGGGGUAAGUUCUUCGAGUCUCCACAUCUGAAGUAACAGCCAACUGGAGGGGAAAAAAAACCUUGGUGAUGGAGUUCUGUACAUAUCAUGUGCUGCAAUAACAAGCUGUAUUUAAACAAUAAUGUGAGUAAAACUAAUGUGCAAUUUUAACUCAAGAAAGCAAUAUAUAGACAUCUUUCUUUAUAAUCAGAUUUAUAAACAUGAAGAAUUUCUACACAUUUGAAUGAUUUUUGAUUCCGACAGUAUGUCCUGACUUAGUAUGGACCAAAAUUGUGCAAAUGAGGUUUUAAUGUUUUAAUGACCAAGCAACUGCAACUCACCUGUUAGAAUUAUAUUUUCUUUUGUGUGCUCAAUCAUCCACUGAUUUAUGUGUGGUUGUAACCACAGCUUCAGAUGGAGAACAAAAUUUCUUUGGCUUUAGAAUCUUGUCAUUGAUUUUUAACCAUGCUUUAAACCUUGUUUUAGACACUGUAUUUGUUUGCUGUGGUUAAGCAAUCAUCAGACCAAUGUAUAUGCUUAUGUAACACUACUAAUAUCAACACUGAUGCUGAAUGGGAAUUAUGCAGUAUUUUGCACUAUAUGUAUGCAACAAGCUCAAUAGGUAUACUUACCAGUUACCAGUAGAGGCUGCUGUUGUAUUACUGUUAUGCUUUCAUUGUAUGAUCACGCUAUUGCCAUAAUUGGGGGCAGCAUACUCUGUAUUGACCCACUGUAUAGUAACUGUAGAAACAGUUCAUUCAAGCCUUGUGUCAACAUCUUAAUGACUCCCAUUAUAUACUGUAAUACAUAUGCCUACCUGUGCCUUUUUAUGUUUUAGUUUUAAAAAAAAAAGCAACCUUGCUCCAAAACCAUUGAUACAAAUGAUUUAUCAGUAUUGUAGUGCAUUCUUUUGAAAGACAUGUUGGGAAUUACAGAAAAACUCAUCCAACUGGUUUUGCUUCUGCACAUAAUCUGUUCUGCUAAUUUAAACUGGAGCCCAGUUGAGCUGUUAAACACACACAGUCCAAGGUUGAGGCAAAAAUAAAGCAUCAAAUGUCUUUU